CGAGUACCAGUCUACCUGUGGCUGUGGUCGGGUUAAGACGCGCGCCGAGCCACUCCUCAACCCGGACACGUGAGGCUUCGAAGCGACCCGAAGCACCAGUCGCUCGGGAAUCGGAGCUUCGCCACCGGGUCUGGAAUGUGGGAAUGGGCCUCAGGAAUCCCCAAAGAGCCAUGAGUGAAUUAUUCCUGAUCUUUGACGAUGCUUUAGAACCGUAGAGUGUAUUUGCCUAAAGUUCCUGGCGCAUGUGAGCGAGGAUAAGUGAUAUUCAGCCAACCACGACUGGAAUUCUGAAACUAGACAUAACUCACGUAAAACAUCUUUUAUUCGGCGUUGAGAGCUUUUCUCUAUUCGUGCUUUCAAGGAUGAUUGAAUGUGGUUUAUAUUCUUCCAGACCGGCUCAAUCGUCAAUCAUUAAUCUCCUCUAGAAAAAAAAAUCAAAGUAUGUCCAUUCAUAUCAUUCCUAAUGGCAUUAGUGAAUCGGAAAUGCCUUCCAUGAAACCGUAAGUACCUUAUAAAGAUCUGGACUGAAGAAGGUUAUAAAAAUCCGAAGAUUAAUCACACGAACUGCAGGAACUUACAAAAGACCCUCAUCGAUGACACUGUACACGAGGUCAUGAUGUACCAAUAGACAGCAAUAGACAAUGUAAAUCAGGUCGCUGACAAAUAGCCAAAGCACACACAUGCCAAACGAUUCUUAAACAUAUCAACAGCUAAUCAAAAUCCCCGGCAGGCAAGAGACAAAAAACGCACCUCAGGUAUUUCACUAAGUUAAGAGUGCCCCAGAUCCGACGCCAGCUGACGGCCGAAGACACCAGCUGGCUCCAGGGAAUACUUAAUCGUUCUCAAGAGACUCCUUAAUAAUGUCUUGUGAAACGCUGCGGAGAAGGUGGUACGAGGGGACAUUAGACAUAUAGUUAUAUGGAUAGAUAUAGACGAUAAAUACUGUUAGUUUCGGUGUGAUAUUGAGAUUAUUCGUCAUCGUAGUGGUGAGAAAAGGAAUUACAUCAGAGUGCAUGCACGACAGAAACAAAAUUACAGUCCUGAAGUGGACACAAAAGUGAGAAAAUACUUCCCAAAAGUGAGCAAAGACAAGAGAAAAGAAAAGAAGCAGAUAACGAGGGGAUACAGAGCGAGCGACAGUCGUGAAGAUGUCUUCCCACUCGAUGCUCGUGCAGAUCGCCAUGGCCGUCUGCGCCUUCAGCAGCGCCACGUCCCAAGCUAUGACGCGAGAGUGGGCGACUUCACAGCGGGCGUGCGAUGGACAGACCGGGAGACGCUAGGUGGGCGGGCUUACUUCACCGUCAUCUCAGAGCCGCCCUCACUGGUGCUGGAGCCCGCCCAUCCUCAGGACGAGGGCGUGUAUACCUGUAGGGUUGAUUAUCGCCUGUCCACCUCCACCAGGACGAAUGUCAACCUCACCGUCGUCAUACCCCCAGGGCCGCCCAUGGUGAUGUGGCGAGGGCAGCGGGUGGUGGGCGCCGUCGGGCCUCUGACGGAGGGCGAGAGAGUCGACCUGACCUGCCGGAGCGUGGGUGGGCGCCCUCAGCCCGUCCUCACCUGGUGGAGGAAGGGCUUGCGGCUGCCUCUCCUGACGGUGAACUCCUCUUCGGAUUCUGUGACAGGAACCUACGCCGUGGAAGCCACCCUCACCCUGACGGCGUCGAGAUCUGUCGCGGGCGUGGACUUCACCUGCCACGCCUACACGCCCACGGAGCUCCACGGUGACGACGGAUCAGCCAUCGUGCAGCCUCGGACGGCCACCAUCUCGCUCAACGUCACACUCCCCCCAAUGGAAGUCCGGAUCCUGGGGUCGGAGCAGCCUAUAGCAGCCGGCAGGUCCAUUCGCCUCGUCUGCCGCGCCGUCGGGUCCCAUCCACCCGCCCAUCUCACCUGGUGGAGCGGGUCGUCUCCCCUUCGUCAGGUGGUCCGAGCCAUCGAGGAGGGCGGCAACGUCACCACAGCGACCCUGAACAUCCUGGUGGAGCGACAGCACGACGGCACGACCCUCCGGUGCACGGGAAUCAACCCAGCUCUGCCGCACUCCCCGCUGACGGACACGUACCGGCUGACGGUGUACUCAAUGCCUGUAGCGGCGAAAUACCAUGGUCGGAAAUACCUGACAACUACCCGUACCAAUAACUACCACUUAUCCGUACCAGCUCCUAUCAUACCACCGUACCGCCGUACCACCAUACUACCAACUGCCAUACUACCAAUCAUAAACCACCAUACCACCUUCUACCAUGCCACCAUACCACCAACUACCAUACCAGCAUACUACCACCCACCAUACCACCACCCAACAAUCACCAUACUACCAUGA